CAGCAACACCCGUUGCAGCCUGUUGCCUGCAGGACCUGAUGCUCAUCCAUAUUAAACCGUCUGAGCUCAGGAAUUCAUCCAGAUCAUCUCUCUCCCUCCCCUCCUACUGCAAAGUUUAUUUUUAACCAACGAUUUGGAUGGGCCUGCGAGAAGGAGAAGCAUCUUUUAACCCAAUUGGCCUCCGCUCCCUGCAACUACAUCCUCCUCCGGCUCGCUCUCCUCUUCCUUCUCCAGCAAUUUUUUUGCUGUUGCGUUGGGGUUGUGCGAGAGAGGGAAAAGCUUUUAUGAUUUGAAGAUGAUGGGGAGCGAAGUAGCUCCCCUCUAAGUUGAAGUGGAGUCGACUCUCUCUCAAGAUAUAAAGUGCAUUUCUGAAGAGCGACCUGAAGCUUAGAAAGGGUUGCUGUGUUGCGGUGUCCAUGAUCUGGUGUGUUUUUGAGCUUUCCUGAUUCGGGCAGGGCUAGUUCACUUCGACAUAACAGCAAAUGCUAUGAAAAUGAACAAGCCAAUCUAGCAAAAAACUAGGUUUAGAAGCGGAAAUUAUAAUACGAGAACCCAGAUUUUCAGGCUCUGUUGGUCCGCUAGGUAGUUUUGUACUAGUCCUCCAGCUGUGCUGACACAGAUCUGACUCCUCCAGUUGCUAACCUUCCACCAGGGUCCUAUUUGCACCAGCAUCUUAGAAGCAAGAGCAAACCCAAAACUUCAGAGGUGCUGCUGAGGAAAGGAUCUCUUCUGGAUUUAGGUGGUCUUCAGCUUGUUAGGCAAAUACCGAAAAGCAGCACACAAGGAAAGGAAGCUUCACUAGACAGUGUCAAGAAAGGAAAAUGAAGUUCCAGAGAAUAAACUCGGAGGCUUAAAGCGGUUGCCCAAAAGCAGCGGCACCACAGUUCCCAAACUGUUUUGAAGGCGCAGAUUUGCCGCGUGUCGGCGUCAUAAUGGCAGCUGUUAUGAGCUUGGGGAAGAUCGCUGAAAAUGGCACCGCACCAUCUCAGAAUGCCAAGUCCCCACCGAAACCUCUUGCUCCCAAUCGGAUUGGCAGGAGAAACCAGGAAACAAAAGAUGACAAGUCUUCCUAUACCUGCCCUCUUUGUGAAAAGAUUUGCACUUCUCAGCAUCAGUUGACAAUGCAUAUUCGUCAGCAUAACACGGACACUGGAGGGACAGACCAUUCCUGCAGCAUCUGUGGAAAGUCUCUGAGCUCUGCAAGCUCCCUCGACCGUCACAUGUUGGUCCAUUCUGGCGAAAGGCCUUACAAAUGUUCGGUGUGUGACCAGUCCUUCACCACCAAUGGAAACAUGCACAGACAUAUGAAAAUCCACGAGAAGGAUCCAAAUGGCACUACUACAAGUACAGCACCUGCCUCCCCACUGAAACGCAGGCGGUUGUCCACAAAACGAAAACACAGCCUAGAAACCGAGGCAGACAAAGAGGAGCGAAUUCCAGCCAAAAAGGCCGUGGAGGAACUGCAAAGUGGUGAAGCUGAGAAGAAGGCCGAGGAUGAAGUUUAUCGUUGUCCAGUGUGUUUCAAGGAAUUUUCGUGCAAGUAUGGGCUGGAAAGCCACAUGGAGGCGCAUCCAGACACCUCACUGAGGUGUGACAUCUGUUGCCUUUCCUUCCGCACGCAUCGGGGUUUGUUGCGGCAUAAUGCGGUUAUUCAUAAACAACUUCCAAGGGACCCACUGGGAAAGCCUUUUAUUCAGAAUAACCCUUCGAUUCCUGCAGGCUUCCACGAUUUGGGAUUCACAGAUUUCUCCUGCAGGAAAUUUCCUCGCAUUUCUCAGGUCUGGUGUGAAACAAACCUGCGGCGAUGCAUCAGUGAAUAUCACCGGUAUGUCUGCGAGGUGUGCAACAAGGCGUUCCCCAUGCGCUCAGCACUCAAGCUGCACGCAGAGACCCACGCCGCGGAUCAGGAAAGAGAGAAGCACGAACUGCCCUCGGAGGAUCUGGACCGGAAAGCUUACAUGGCAUCCUUGGGGCUGCAGCAUACCAAAGACGUUGAACCUGCCCAGCAGGAGGAGCUGGCUUCAGAUGAGGCCCAAGAAAUGCAGCUCCAAACACUGAAAUGUAACCUACCUCAGGAACCUGGUAGUGCUAACCAGUUGAACAUGUCUCCUCUGGAGGCUGCUUCUGUGGGAGGGCCCUUCUCUGUCCUCGCCCCCACGAAAGAAAACAUGAAGCUCCUGUCACUACAGCCUUUCCAGAAAGGCUUCAUCAUUCAGCCCGACACUAGCAUUGUCGUCAAGCCCAUUUCCGGCGAGCUGGCGGACAUCCAGCAGAUCUUGAAGAUGGCUUCCUCUGCGACGCCGCCGAUAAGCCUUCCGCCCCUCUCGAAGGCGCCUCCUGUCCCCUUGCAGUCCCUCUUCAAGCACAUGCCUCCGCUGAAGCCAAAGCCCUUGGUGGCGCCCAGGACGGUCGUCGCAGCUUCGACGCCUCCUCCGCUGGUCAGCACUCAGCAAGCCUCGCCCGGCUGCAUCAGCCCAAGCCUUCCUCCGGCGCCACCCAAGCCGCUCAGAACCUCCGAAGAGUCGACUUUGGCCUCUCACCUUCCUCACGGUAAAGCAGGAAACCAACCCAGCCCUUCUCCCCAGGCCAAGGCAGAGCCUUUGAGCCAGAGCGAGAUGAAAACGCAGCUGGAGCAAGACAGCAUCAUCGAGGCCCUGCUGCCCUUGACGAUGGGUGGGAAGAUCAAGCAGGAGGUCAUGGAGCGGGACUUCAAAGCCAUGAUUGCCGGGGCAGCAAGCAAGAAGGCCCCCGCCGUGAGGAAAAUGACGUUCCCCUGUCACUUGUGCAAGCAGGUGUUCGCAUUCUCCGGGGUCCUGAGGGCUCACAUCCGCUCCCACCUGGGCAUCUCCCCGUACCAGUGCAACAUCUGCGACUACAUUGCCGCCGACAAGGCGGCGCUGAUCCGGCACCUGCGGACGCACAGCGGGGAGCGGCCGUACAUCUGCAAGAUCUGCCACUACCCUUUCACGGUGAAGGCCAACUGCGAGCGGCACCUGCGGAAGAAGCACCUGAAGACGACGCGGAAGGACAUCGAGAAGAACAUCGAGUACGUGGCCAGCAACGCGGCGGAGAUGGUGGACGCCUUCUGCUCUCCGGACACGGUGUGCAAGUUUUGCGGGGAGGACCUGAAGCACUACCGAGCCCUGCGCAUCCACAUGCGGACGCACAGCGGCUGCCAGAAGAAGAAGCCGUUUGAGUGCAAGGAGUGCGGCACCGCCUUCUCGGCCAAGCGCAACUGCAUCCACCACAUCCUCAAGCAGCAUUUGCACAUCCAGGAGAGGGAGAUCGAGAGCUACGUGCUGGCUGUGGACUGCACACCCCCCGAGAGUCAGCCAGGCACCCUGCUUCUCGAAGACAGCGCCUACCUAGACCGCAAGCCUAUCGCCCCCUUCCUAGAGUCGCAGAACGGCUUCUUGAGGGGCGCCCCUUCUCAUGCAUCGAUCAAACUCGAAAACGCAAGCAGCUUCCCUAUGGAAUUCGACGAGCCUCUGGACUUCUCGCAAAAGAACAAAGACCUGAACUCUGUGCUGGUGAAGCAGGAGAGCCCGUUUGGGUCUUCUGUUUAUGACGGCUCUAUGGAGCCCAUAGACUUGUCGAUCCCCAAAGCUCCAAAGAAGGAAAAGGACGACGGCGCCCCGAGUCAGGAUACGAAGGAAGGGCACGAGGAGAAUCUCCACAACGGCCAGCAGUCUCCUCCAGCGAACAGUAACCUGGAAAACAAAGCUCCCGGACAUUCCCAGCCAUUGAAGGGUCCACUGCAUUUGACAGUCCCAAUCAUUUCUCCCUCCCUCCUGGGAAAUGCUGCCUUGCUUCGGCCCUUGAGGCCUAAGCCACCACCCCUCUUGCCAAAGCCCCCCGUGGUGAAAGAGCUGCCACCCCUUGCUUCCAUUGCGCAGAUUAUUUCGUCCGUGUCGUCUGCUCCCGCUCUGUUGAAAACGGACGCCGCGGACUCUGUCCCCAAAGCAGCUGCUGGCCCUGAGAAGCUGGGGGCCCCAAAACCGAAAGCAGCUCCUGCGGCUGCUGCCCAGGCGGACCCCAUCGUUUCCACUGACUUGACGCCGCAUGCAUGCAGCCCCAACGGGCCCCAGAAGUCCACCACGUCUGGGUCUGUGAAAAAGAGAGGCCGGAAGAAAGGGGCAAAGAACAAGCUGAAGGCAAGCAGCAGCAGCGUGGACCUGGAGUCGAGCGGGGAGUUCGCCAGCAUAGAGAAGAUGCUGGCAACCACAGACACCAAUAAGUUCAGCACGUUCCUGCAGUCGACGGAGGACUUCAAAGAAGCAGCGGCUGACCCAAACGGAACCAGUGAGGAGGAGAAAGAAACGGCCGAAGACAAACUCCUGCGGGGAAAGAGAAACGCCUACUCAAAUUGCUUUCAGAAAAUCAACUGUCCUUAUUGUCCGAGAGUUUUCCCCUGGGCGAGUUCCUUACAGCGGCACAUGCUCACUCACACAGGUCAGAAGCCCUACCCCUGUCAAAAAUGUGAUGCCUUCUUUUCCACCAAAUCUAACUGUGAACGCCACCUCUUACGCAAACACGGAGUUGUCAACUACUGUCUGAGAAGAAACGGGCUUAUCCCCCAGUCUAAAGAAAGUGAUGCUGGAGCUCAUGAUAGCACAGACAGCCAAUCGGAUCUGGAGAAUGCAAGCGUGGGAAGUGAAGCGUUAGACUUGACCUCUGGUGAAAGAGACCACCUAGAGGAGGCCGCUGAGCUUCCAGACCCUGAGCGCAGUCCCAAAGAGGAGGAGAAGAUGGACACAUCUCAAGGGGAAGAAGAUGCACAAGAGAAACUCAGCGAGGACGAAGAGGGGCCAGAAGAAGACUCCGCCAGUAACAGGAGCCUUGACCUCAAUUUUGCUAGCAAGCUCAUGGACUUCAAGCUGGCUGAGAGCGACCAGAGCACUGGUAGCGGCAUUCAGGCAGAAAAGAAGCACACCUGUGACAUUUGCGGGAAGUCCUUCAAGUUCGCGGGCACUCUCAGCCGGCACAAAAAGGCUCACGAGCGUGACGACAGGAAGGACGAAAAGAGCAGCGAGGACGAAAGCAAGAGCGUCCAAGGCGGAGGCCAAGUUCCUAUGGCUCAGGAGGAGUCUUCUCCUGAGCAGGAAGAGCCCACAGGAGACCUAAAGGCAGCAGAGUCUCCCAUGGACGGCGAGGCCACGGGGAAGGAGAACGAGGAAAGCGAGAGCAUCUCCGAGGGGGAGAGCACGGAGCGGAAGUCUUCGGAGAAGAGCGACGACGACAGGAAGCCAAAAGCGAACGGCGGGACUAAGAGCGAGUCAAAGGCAGACAAGAGGAAGAAAGUUUGCACAGUGUGCAACAAGCGAUUUUGGUCUCUGCAAGACUUGACGAGGCACAUGAGGUCCCAUACAGGGGAGCGACCUUACAAAUGUCAAACCUGCGAACGGACCUUUACUCUGAAGCACAGCUUGGUUCGCCACCAGCGUAUCCAUCAGAAAGUAAAAAGUGCUAAGAACCACGAGAAGGAGAGUGACCGAGAGGACGGCCAUUCUCGGGGCGAAGAAGAAAGCGAAAACGAGUCUCUCCACAGCAGCACCAACCCCAUCUCAGAAAACGAGUGCGACUCGCUUGCGGGGCUCGGGAGCCAUUCCCCAGUCACCAGGAGCCGCAAGGAAAGCCUUGUCAACGCCGCAAAGGAGGCCGUUUGCAAAGAAGACAAACCCACCCCUGGGAAUCGGACGGCAGGCUCCUGUCCUGCAGAGUCCAGCAAGAACGCCCAGAAGCAAACAGAAUCCCGAGGGAAAGGUGAUCGCGGGAGCCCGUCUGGCUUCAUCCAGGACUUGCUGGAGAUUCACAACAAAAAAUCUUCCAUGAGUCACAUCCUCGCCUCUGCAGAGAGCGCACCUCAGCUCUUGGGAGUCGAAUGACGGCUGCAGAAUCAUCAGCCGCACCCCCAGCGAACUGACCCAGUGUACACGGAAUAAAGUUGACAAUGCAAGCUUUUUUUUCUUUUUCUUUUUUGAGAUGCUGAAUUGGCCUGCUGUCAGUUAUGCAGGAAUGAGCUUGAGGGCUGGGGAAUUGGUGGGAGUGGGAAGAUGGCAGUCUGGAUUCAGUGCCAUAAGUCUUUCAGUAUAAAAAAAAUGCAAAAGACUACAGUUAUAUACUGAUUUGAGUGCCUUACUACUUUAUUAGGUCUUUUGGUAUCAUAGGGUUUUUUUUAAAAAAAAACACAUACAAACAAAAAGAUGAUUUAAAAAAUAUUAAUGAAAAUUAUUUGGAGAGGACCUUUUUCAUUUGAGCAUUAAUGUUACCUUUUGUAUUGGGGUGUGUGAGCUUGUUACUGUAUAUCUGUGAUAGCCGCUUUUGUGUGUUCUCUGAGCUGGAAACAAGGAGUCACUGGGGCAAGGAAGCCCUUGGAAACUUGCAGCCGAUAACUGGAAGAAGAUUUUGAGAAACCCCCAACGGAGGAACUAGAAAUAAGGUGUUGAUUUUGUUUUCCUAUUCUUGAUUUGCUACUUUUCUUUUUUGUACUUGCCACACGGGGGGCGGGGGGGGGGGAGAGAGUCAAAACCAGUUCCAGGUGUAAACAUGGUUGAUUAAACUUGGUCCAAGCCAAAAACCAGGAAAAGCAAAAUGUUCCACCUCACUGACUUCUGCUUCUCUGCCUCUCCCCUUCCGCAUUCGCGAUGAUGAUGUCCUAGCUACUGUCCUUUUGUAAAAGGCUCUUUCUGGCCCUUGUGGACUUAAAGACUCUACAGAAAGAGUUGCAUAGCGACUUUAAAAAAACAAACAAAAACCUAUGGAAAUUAUGCACCCACUUGUUAUAUAUAUAUGUUUGAUUUGUGCUUCAAUAUAUUAUUGUUAUUUUAAUAUUUUAUAAAAAAAAAUUUUUUUUGUCAGUUUGCUAAUCUCUGCGUUCAGCAGAAACCAAUGGGCAAUAUUUGCCCACGGAAAUCUACAACGCAGUUUGGAUUGCCUGCUUAAAUGUUUGUGAUCUAAUCUCUCCCCGACUCUCCCCGUCGGGAUUGCAACUCUUCUACUGUAUUUACACGGAGUCCUCUGAUCUAGAGAAUCAAGUGUAGGCCAACUCAAGCCCCGUUCACACAACCAGAACAGAUAAACUGAACGAGUGUUGCAGGGAGGGAGAGAGUGGGAUUGUAAGGGGGGGGGGCACCACUUGUGCCCUACGCGCAUACACAUUGUACAUGUGUGUGUAUGCGUCAUUUUAUUUUUCAAUUGCAGGAUCCCUGGUUGUAUGGACAAGUCCACAUGCACCCAGGUGGCAUGACUGUAGGGUUGUUCACAUGGUCAUCUGAGCACUGCUGCCAUCCCACUCCCUCCUUCCCGCUGUGUAUUCACUUUAUCCAAGUUGGUUGCAUUGACAAGGCCUAAGCCGUUCUUGAAGUUGCACGGGGCGUGGGCAGGGGGCAUUUCAUGGGUGAACAGUUCAUUGCGAGUUAGUGAAAAGGAGAAGGAUUGAUGGAAUUAGCAGCAGGCUGGCGUGGAGAGAAAUGCGAGGGGCAAGGAGGUCCUCCAAAUUGCAUGAGGAAGGCACUGCAGGAUUCUGUGAAGUUGACGUUGUUCGAAACUGCAAUAGUUGCGUUAUCAAUUUUUUUUUACGUUAAUGAGCACGAUGAUUCAGUCUUCCAGAUUAAAUGUAGAAAAGAAAAUUGCAAGCCUUAAAUGAUGCCGCUACCUUACUGUGCUUUAAAGCAAAAUAAAGAAAAUACUACCGGCGAUAAAACUAGGGAUUGACAAAAUAAAUUUCCUUCCCAAAUUUUCCAUGAAGUUGGGAGCCAGGAUUAGACUGCAUAUCCUGUUGCUGGCAGCAGGAGCCAUUGCAAGUCAACCACAUUAGGACUGUGACCCGCAGACCAGUUAAGCUGGCAUGCUGGGAUGUAAGCUUUAUUUUCACCCUGAACCUAUUUAUUUAGAGGGAGAAAAACAGUCCAUUAGUUUGAACUUCCUUCUCUUGAAUCACAUGAUCAAGAUUACCUGUGUUGUUACAUUCCUUCAUUUGCAUUUAAAGAUACAGACACAGAGUUGGAUUUAAAUUGUGCCUCUCGGUCACGUUGCUGCCAUCAGGCUCUGCAGAAUGGCUCUCACAAAUACAUUUCAUGAGUUUUCCGAGGUCUGUGUGUCAUGCUCUCUAUUCGACCUUUCCAGCUUGAUGGAAGCACACAUCUUUGGAUGGUUUCACCAAUUCUGUAGCUUCCUUUUUUAAAAUGUUGGGAAGUAACAUGGGGCUCGUCCCUCAGUUCCAUUGGCUGUGAGUCCAAUUCUCACACAUUGACUUCCCAUCUCUCCUGUAAGAAUGGAGCCUUUGGAAGCAGGCAAUGGAACUGUAGGUGUGCGAACCUUCAGAACUGAAAACAGAACAGAACCAACUUCUGUAGGAUGGGCUCUGCUGGGUUUUACCUGUAGUCUGCAGCAGGCUGUUCACCAGAUUAUACCCAAGUAUUCUUGUUCAGAUUCACUUGUGGGUCAAGCAUAAGCAUUCUGCCGCAGCAGCUGGGCAUUGUGCAGAAAGCUCUGGAUCAGGGUUUCCCAAAUUUUGGUCUCUCCAGCUGCUGUUGGACUACAACUCCCAUCAUGCCUAGUUAGCAGGACCGGUGGUCAAGGAUGAUGGGAAUUGUAGUCCAAAAACAGCUAGAGUCCCAAGUUUGGGAAACGAUGUUCUGGAUGGUAUCCAACUAAGUCGCACUCAAAUGAGACCCGCUGAAAUCGGUGGACUUCAGUUAGGCAUAGUUAACUUCAGUCCCACUAAUUUCAGUGCGUCAAGAGUAGAAUUAGUUGGGUACCAGACUUGCCCCUUAGUCUUCUGGGGUAAGAGGAAAGUGAAGUGUUUCUGGAGCCCCUGCUGUUUUCCUUCCCUGGGCCUCUUUUUCUUCUUUUUCUUCACACUGCUAACCUCUUCUGCCCUCAGUGAGGCUCCGUACCUCAAGUGAUCUUGCACAGCCGCACCCCGGUAUUCAGUUUGGCAAUUGGAAGGACAAAACCCGACACCGAUUAUCUUUUUAAUGUCUGCUGCUUCUUAGCACUUCGAAUCAGGCUGCACAGGAAGAGGGUAGAAAUCAUUCUGAGCUGAAAAUAGUAAAUAUAUAAUAAGAAGCAAGGGGAAAGGUGUUGAGGUAUAGAUAAGGUUUUGUUGUCAUUGAGGAUUUUUUUUUUAAAAAAAAGUGUUUUGAAACCAUUCCUCCAGAUUAGUAGAAAAUCAGUACCAAUGAUUCUUUUUACAAAAUCCCUCUGUUAAAUGAGUCUUUUCAUCAAAGCCAAUUUAAUGAAUCCCUUAAUUUUUAAUUGCUAUUAUAUUAUUAUUAUUAUAUUAUAAUUAUUAUUUGGGGGUAUUUUUGUUCUUGGGCUGGUUUUUUUAAAUAUAUAUAUAUAUAUAAAUUUGCAGCUCUCCACAUUAAACUGCGCAAUACUGUGGGGGAGAAGCCAUUAACUAAACCAGGACUGUCAAAAACUGCUCCCAUCCCACCCCAGACUGUGUGGGUCAUUCCACGGACAUGCCAAGUCUCCUCGCAGGCCAAUUCACAUGGUUUCUGUCUUUUGGGGGUGGGCGGGCGCAGGUUUGACAGACGUGAACUAAACUCUAUGCUGCAGGAAUAAUGUGGCAAAUAUUUUCCCAGCACCUUGCCGGGACAUCUGCUAGCAAUAAUCACUAUUGAUUUAAAGCUUUAUUUAGCCUUUAUCUAUAUCCUAGUAGAUUAUAAAAUCUUGCCACAUUUUAUUGAUGUUUUUAUUAGUCGCGUUUGAUGGAGGAAGAAAACCCCUCUGUUCUUGUUUCCCUCCCCCUGUUGUUGAUUUGCCCCCCUCCAUCCUCCUCACAUUCACCCCCCCCAUAUUAAACUGUGAAAUUUAUAACGUGUUUAAACUAUGGGUGAAUCUUAGGCUUAGUUUUGCAUGUUCAGCUAAUUCGUCUCUACAUCUUCCUUUUUUGUUUUUUUGAUUCCCUCCCCACCUCCUCUUCUCUCAGGGCUUUUUAAAACAACAUGUCCCCCCCUCCACCCCUUUCUGAAAUUCUCUUGUUGGAUUUGCAAUGGAGCAAAUACUGAAAAUUCAAAUCACUACAAUAAGCACCUGACUGUGAAAGCAAUACAUACGGAAGAACAGAAACAAGGUUUAAAAGAGGCAGUUGACGUUUGCAGCUGUAAUGGCAUAGCUCAAGAUCCUUUGGAUGGCAGCCUCCACCUGCCCCAGCCAGCCUGACCAAUGGUCAGGGCUGGUGGAAAUUCUAGUCCAAAACCUCUGGAGGGCACCAGAUUAGGGAAGGCUGACAUAGUUCAUCUGGAGCUAGCUCUUCUGCUGAUUUAAUUCCAGCUUCCCAAUGAUUUAUAGAGUCUUUUAUCUUCUAGCACCCAAACCCCCAAUUCUCCCAUCACCUUAGAGCAGACACUGGAGUUGCCGCCCUUUCCCACGAUGAGUCUCUUGUGUUGCUACCCCCUGUGUUGGUUGGAUCAUGAAACUGUGGUGAGAUGAUUUGUGAGGACAGAGCAGGACACUUGGAGUAGAUCCACUAGUGCAGGCAUGGGGAACCUGCAGCCCUCCCAGGUGCGUUUGGGCUGCAUCUCCCAUUCUCCCUGACAGUUGGCCAUGCUGAGUGGUGCUGAUGUGAGCUGGAAUCCAGGAAGAUUUUGAGGGGGCGCCAGGUUUGUCAUCCUUGUUCUAGCCCCUCGAAGCAAUUAAGGGAAAAGGUCCUGGAAAAGAAAUAAGGUGUAUACACUGAGGUGUUGUGGUAAAUCCUUGCCUUGUUUCUUUUAGCCCCAGGUAACGUCAUAAUAGUUUUGAGGAGCCAAUGUAUCCAUUGCAGGUUCUCCCCCUUGCACUGUCCCUGGGCUGUUUGAGUCAAGUUUCGCUAGAGAUAAGAGGAUGGGGCGUGGGCUGUCUUUUCUGUCCCUCCCCCCUUGUCCCCUCGAGAAGGAAGUUCAAUCGUUAAACUUUCAGCCUGUGCAAGGAAACAAAAAUUAGUGUGUAGAAUCCACAUGCAGAUAUAUAUAUAUAAUUUUUUUUCUAAAGGGAACUUCUUAAAAAAAACAACUGCUGCUACAAGUUAUGUACAAGACUGGUUUAUGCCACACGAACAGAGAAUCACGCGUUUUGUUUGGUUGUUUCUAUUCCUCUUCUCAUUCAGUUGUACAUUACUUCCAAAUUCAACAUGAUGAAAGUAAUUGCUGUUCUGUAUCAAACAAUCUUCGCAAUAAAAUGUUAUAUUUAAAAAAACAACAACAA